GAUGAUUUUCCAGUUUUCGAUCCAAGUUCAUGCAACGAAAAAUGUAAAGAGAGAAUGAAAAUAAUUACAAAAUUCACUUUUUCGAUGGAAGGAAAACUUAUUUCAAACUACUUUGACGAUUGCAAAAUGGUAUCUGAUCAAAAGGCCUCAGGUUGCUCAGUUUCUGAAUAUUACUGGUGUCUCAAUGGAAAUACAUUAACCCCAAAUGCAAAAUAUAUGAAUAUCGGCUUUGUUGAUGGAAAAGUAGUUAGGCUAUGUGAU